AUUAACUGCGGUGAAAGAAAACUGCAGCAUCGUGUAAAGAAAGUAAAGUUCGGAGAGCUGAAAAAGCGCCAAGUGUUUGAGACGAACUCACAACUCAAACCGACGAAAAAUUUACGAAUUUUUUCUACUCACAUCGAAAUUGGCCAACGGUUUCACAGCGCUGUGUGUCGGGCAUUCAUUUGUGAGUUGCGCGUUAAAGUGAGAGUUUGUGUCUUAAGUCUUUUGAUUUCCCAACAGAGCUGCGGCUCAAAACUAAACAACUGUAAAGCGAUUUUAGAGCAAAGUUGGUGGUUUCUCAUUCGCUCUGCCGACAUAAAAACUGUGUACAAAAGCGAAAAACUUGUCUGCCGCUGUGGUUUCAUGCUGUUGCCAAAUUUUGAGUUUAACGAAAAUGGCGCAGGUGAAUGAACGAAAGCUGCUGCUUCAACUUGCACUCCUCACUGCAUGUAUUUGCGCAUGCGCAUUCAAUGAAGCCGAGUCAAAACGAUUGAAUGCAAACCUUACAGCUUGCCAGCAUCUACGACGUGUUGAGACCAGGCGUGCCAAAGCUUUAUUUCCCAAUGAAAGGGCCCUUGCGAUUCGUAUACCACGCUGUAGCAAAAAUGGAGAUUUUGAGCAGAUCCAGUGUCGGAACGAAAGAGCCGGUCUAGAUUGUUGGUGUAUUGAUGAGUAUGGCAUGGAAAUACCCGGCACUCAUAACGAAUCGAAAUCGGGAGUGCGUUGUGCCGAACCGUCUCAUUGUCCAGCUUCUGCCUGUCGUAUGUUCUGUCCAGCCGGUUUUGCGCGUGAUCUCGACACAGGAUGUAGUGUCUGUCGUUGCCGUGAUCCAUGCGAAAAUGUGGUUUGUCCCAAUGGUCAAUCGUGCCAACCACAAGAGGUGAAAUGUAAAAUUGAACCAUGUCCACCAGUCCCGACAUGCAAAAAAGCACGAUCUAUGUCCACAUAUUGUCCCGCUGGCAUGCCACUUGCCAUUGAGGAGAGCAUACGACCGUUCCUCUGUGGCAAUGAUUUGGGAAAGCCUCAAUGUCCGCCGCUUUAUCAGUGUAUGGUGGAGACUGGUAAUGAAUAUGGUGUUUGUUGUCCCAGCACGGUGAAAUUCUCAAAACCGGGUAUUUGUCCGGCGCAAGAUAAAGUUGAAUACAGUGAGCGUACUGGUUAUAUGUGCGGUUCCCCUUGCAAUAGCGAUCUUGAAUGUGGUAAUAUGGACAAAUGCUGUUUCACGAAAGGUUGCCAAUUCAAUUGUCAACAGCCAUUCAAUGUGACCACAUGUCAUCAAGCUCGCGCACUCUCCGAUUUAAUAGCGAUUAACGAACGUGAGGGUCGCGGUUAUCAACCAGAUUGCAGCGGUCCCGGAGGCUUAUUCUCACCUCGUCAAUGCUCCCGAAACGGUUUAGUGUGUUGGUGUGUAGAUCCACGUACUGGUCAUAAAAUUCAAGGAACAAUGGGUCCAGCAAACGAAAUCAAUUGUGAUGGUUGGGAGAAUAUGAUUAGUCAUUCACUGGCUAGAAGUUUCAAUAUGGAAAAAUGUGAUACGAAUAUUUGUGCAGCCGUCUGUGAAUAUGGUUUUAAGAACGAUCACAAUGGCUGUCCAUCAUGUGAGUGCUCCGAACCUUGUGAAGGCUUCAAGUGUGCAAUCGGUUCGCACUGUGAAGUUGCCACGGAUCCAUUAUGUGAGUCUGGUUCGGCUUUGUGUGCCUCUUGGCCUGUUUGUAAACCGGAUUUAGUGUAUUCCAAUCCUUGCGACGUGGGUGCUCCACUAGCAGAUAAUAUAACCGGCGAAGUUAUGUAUUGUUUUGAAGAGCGGCAAUCCCGAGCAUUUCAGCCAACAGCGUUCUUCGAACAGGGACCAGAAAUCAAGCAGUCACGUUCCAUGACAAAUCGCAUUACGUGUCCGAACAACUAUAAAUGUUCGAAAUUACCACGCGACACAGAAAGUGUUUGCUGUCCAAUCCCAGAAGAGGUUCUCAGCAAGGAUGAGCAGCACCAGCAAACCAUGUGUGAGUAUUUGAGAGACUUUUCCGAGCGUAUGGAAGGUACCGAAGAAGGUAUGCAAUUGGCUAUGCCAGCACCGCGCUGUACGGACGAUGGCUACUAUUUGGAGCGCCAGUGCACGAUGAAGAAAAUUCGAGUUACACGCGCUGAGCAGCGCCAGAUUCUCGAAGAGAACACAAUAAGACGGAUGCGAAUGCUGCUGAAGAGUGCGAAUGAAAGGCAAAUUCGUGAGAAACGACAAGUGGAGCGCUUGAAAUUGUACCGUGUUAACGACGACGCGCUAAAAGUGCACAUCGCAGCGCCCAUACAGAGUCGUAAUGCCAAAGUGAUUGAUGUUGGUGCUGAUCGGGCACAAAGUUUGGGUCAACUCUUUGAGGUGGAGUUCAAAAAAGUUAUGCCAGCACCGAAACAAUCGUUAUCGGACAAUGAAUUGGUGAACAUCGAAGUAGAGGAAUGUUGGUGUGUCGACAGUUUUGGUACUGAAAUACCAAAUACCCGAGGCUAUAAUUUAACCGACACCGAAUGUGGAAGAGUACGCGAAUCUAUUGACUGUUUGGAUCUGACUUGCCGUAUGGGAUGUGAGUAUGGUUUUACACUGGAUCCCAACACACGGUGCCCAGCAUGUCAAUGUCGUGAUCCAUGCGAUGGUAUUGUUUGUGGCGAUGGAAAGGAGUGUCGCAUUGUCGAUGUGUCUUGUGACGAAGAGUACUGUCCACCAGUGCCCGCUUGCUUACCACGUAAACCCGGUCAAUGCCCAUUCCUCGUACCACCAGGUCCCGACAAUUUGGACGCCAAUACUUGUGCUUAUGAAUGUCGUACCGACUCUCAUUGUGAGGGUCAUAAACGUUGCUGCUCGAAUGGCUGUGGUACGCAAUGCGUACUUCCGCAAAUGAAAACGGCUUGCCAGCACUUAAAUACAAUACAGAUGCACCAAGCCUCCGAACUAGGUAUUCCGGCAAUGAAAAUGCAUAUUGCACAGUGUGACCCACGUACUGGCAAAUGGAAUGAGAAGCAGUGUUCACCCGAUGGGUACUGUUGGUGCGUUGACGACAAUGGUUGGGUGUUGGCUGGUACACGAGUCAAAGGGGCAAUACCAAUUUGUAAAACGAACUCGACGUUUGCGUGCGCAGAAACACAGUGCGAUAAGAAGUGUGAGGCGGGCAAUAAAAUCGAUGAAAAUGGUUGUCCAAUAUGUGAGUGUAGAGAUUUUUGCGAUGAUAUUAGUUGCGCCAGUAGUGAGGAGUGUCAACUGAUCAACGUCGAGUGUAUUGAUACACCGUGUCCGAAAAUGCCGAUAUGUGUGCCGCGCAGGAUAUCUGUUUGUCCCGAAGGAAGUCCACUGAAGCAGGGCGAUCUUGAGGUGAGUUGCGGGCCGCACAAUGACAAUGAAGCUUGUCCGACGACACACACGUGCCAAUUGAACCCGGUAACACAUCGCGGCGUUUGCUGUUCGAAAACAAGAGAUGUGUGUUUUGAAUCUAUGGACAAUACUUGUUUGGCAACUAUGCAAUCUGUACGAAAUAUAACGCGCUACCGAUUCAGUCCGAAGUCAAAUAAAUGUUUAACCGUCACUAUAGAUCUAGACGCGAGCUAUUGUCAAACCAAGAAUCUAUUUCACAGCGAACUAGCCUGCAAUUCAGUAUGCCCAGUCUUAACGUCGUGUGAACGUCUCAAGCUGAAGAACAGCUUGGCUGCGCAGCAUACAGGCUACACAUCUGUCUGGUUUCAGCCACGUUGUGACCCCAUCACCGGCCAUUGGAGUCCAGUGCAAUGCUUAGGGGCACAGCCGUCGCUCCAGAAAGAGUCCACAACGCUAGCGAACAACUUGGACCGUGCAAGCAAGCAACAACGUACCAGAAAAGCGUUUUCUUCUACUAAUGGUGUGUGUUGGUGUGCCGACAAGAAAGGAGCACCGCUCAAAGGUACUUUGACGCGUGACAUUGAGCCCAUUUGCAACAGUCGACAAGGUCGUCAAAGUAAAUCAUUUAAUGUUGAUGACCAACUGAUGGAAGAAGUGAUCAGACAAAUGACAACAAUGGUCGAUAUUGAAGAAUAUGAGUUGGAGGAAAACACUCAAGACAUUACCGAUGGUUUCCAGAUGUAUAGCAAUAGAAAUGGGGCAGGGCGUAGUUUGGAUGAUAAUAUGGCCGUAGAGAGUGAAUAUUAUGAAACUCCAAUUAGUGCGCGAACAAAAGCUUCUGCAGUGCCUAACACUGCCGCUGAAGCCUACGUUACUGAGCAUAUACUUGCAUUAGCCAACUCUCUGUUGGACUCUCAGCUUAGUAUUGAAGCAUUGAAACCCAUGCCAGUGAACACAACACGCUGCCGAGCUCUGGCUGAAACUGCUAACUUUCCUGUAGCUUGCGAUGAACACGGUGCAUUCCUUCCGACGCAGUGUAACAGCAAAACUUGUUGGUGUGUUGAUGCGGCCGGAAACCAAUUGGAUACAUCCAAUAUGUUCCAACAGGGCACACGCAACUGCCCGCAGACGCCAAUAGCCUCGGUGGCAAUUGAAUUGCACAUGGUCAAUCGCACAAACAGAAACAUACGCAACGCUUAUGACACCAUCCGUAGAGAGCUGUAUCAAUUGCUUGGCGACGCUGUUGAAAACUUACGCGUACAAGAGAAUUUCGAUGGAUCUGUAAUCGUACGCUUCGAACUGCAUAAUGAAGCAAAAAUCGACUAUGCCUUCGCUAUUGAAUCGGCUAUAAAUGCGAAUCGCUUCAAUUUGGUAGGUGGUCACUUCACACCGGAUAUUUCGCGCUCACACUUCAUACACCGCAGCGUGAAUCCACCUGUUGCAACAGCGGUUUCACAUGAAAGCACGAUUCAGUUGGUUUUAUUCAUUAUGGCAACCAGUUCGGCGUUUCUAGUCAGUAUCUUUGUCGUAUAUGUAAUGCUUAAGCGAGGGAAGCGCAACAAGGUUCUAACCGAUCACUACGGCUAUCCAGUUUAUAACGAAGAAAGUACCACUAAAAGCAUUGGCGGUGGUGAUAAGGCAUUGGAUUACACGGCACCGAUCUUUGUUCUGAGUUCACACGAACAUGACUCAAUCAACGCAGCGAAAUAGGAAACACGAUAAUUACGGAAGGAAAUGUUUUGUUAUUUAGUUUUCGAGUAUUUGUGGCUCAUCUAAGAGCCCCCAUACGAGCGCUUUAAUAUGAAGUAGAUAAUCAUUGCCUUUUUAUUAAUAAAAACUAAUUUUUAAGGGUAAAUAUAGAAGACUUUACGAAAAUAAGGAAUUCUAAAACUUGUUUCAAUAAAUCUGACAGUUUUUUAUUUUAUAAUAACGGUAUGGAGGGGCCUCGAUGUGAAAAAGUUGAUAAAUAUGAAGGAUAAAUUAAUUAUUUUCAACGACCGUUAUAACUGUGCAUAUGUAUUGGCGAGUAGUUGGUACGAAAAUAAUCAUUUUCUCCAGAUGUUGUAAAUAUAUUCACCUAUACAUUGUUUACUGUAUUUCACGAUAUCAUAUACGUAUGUAUUGUAUAUAUUUGUUAUUUUAUUGAGUGUAACUGUAUUUAUUUCUAAUUAUUUAUAAAGU